GUGAAAUAUGAUUGGCUUAUACCAGACCCCGUGGCUCUUGGUAACGUUGACAUAAACAAUAUGGAACCAGAGAGUGUCAUGAUUUACCGAACUACUGACAUGUGAGCGAUAAUACACAACAAGGAAAGCAGUUGAAUAAACGGUUGACAUUAUGUCAUCUGAUGAUAUCUAUGCUGACCAGGCCAAACAUCUGGUUGAUGAGGUUAUUGAUCAUGCCAUUAAAAGACUAGAGACCAGUCUUUCUCUGAAUGACAGAGAAAAAACUUUUGAAUCAAUUCGUAUUUCAUCAGAAAUCAAUUCCAGGCAGUCAACUUUUGUCAAAGAUGAAAAUUAUGAAGUGAAAAAUGUGAAAUGGUUAACUAUUGAUGAAUUUACUGAAGAAAAGGCAGAACAGAAAAUCAAUGAAUUUAUCAAGACCUGGCAAUAUGAGGACAGCUGGCAGUACUGUAUAGACUUCCUUGGAGAAGACCCACAUGAAUUUGACACACGGUACCGAUUCCGAGUGCGCUGGAGCAUUCCUACACGGAGGAAGCCAAUUCCGCGUGCCACAGCAUGUGUAUACUUCUCAUUUGUCGUGUCAAAAAUUAAACCAAAACAUUUUCCUGUUGAUGUGUUAUUUGUCUUUGAAGGAAACAGACUUGUACACAAGCCUGGGGAGAGUAGAUUCCGUGAGAAGUGGCUUAAAGACAUUAUUGAAAGUAAAGUGAUGAUGAUGCAAAUGGUGGAGUUUUAGGAGAGCUGGUAAUUCAUCUAAAACCAAAACAUUACAAACAAUCAUGUGCAAAUUUUAGACAGUGUUGGAGGAAUUGGAAUGAAAUAAUACGAUCUUGAAAAGUGAAAUAGGAUCCCCAGAUCUUUGAAAUUACAGACUUCAGAUUUUUGUUGAGUUGUCUUUCUUGACCUAUGUUGAGUGUGAUAUUUCAUUACAAGGUUUCCUACCUAUAUAUUUGGUAACUGGAGGAAUGGUGAUAUCAUUUAAGCCACUGUGAUAAUAGGCCAUGAUGUCAUAUAUUAAAAAUGGUCACAUGGUAAAUAGUUGUUAAUAUUAUCUUAAUAAAGAAUCAUCUAAGUAAC